AUGUUUCGUAAAUCCGAAGUGAAACCUGCGUCGAGGGCGCCACCCCCCAAGGGUGGUCGAAGAAAAUCCGCGGCAUCGAAUAACCUAUACCUAUCACCGUCUCUGAUCGGCAAGUUUCGAAAGUUCGUCGGAGGGAAGCAAACAUCAGACAUUUCGAAAAGCUCGUCAAACAACGCGGACAAGCAGUCACCAGCGGAGAUCAAAGCCUCGAAGGGUGCUAGUAGACUCACGUCGAAUCUCCCUGACGACGCGGCAGUCCACUUUGGCAGUUUCUACGGCGUCGAGCAGAACGAAUCCCGAGUUGCUAGAGCGAAAGGUCUCCGGGAAUCCGCACCUGCAUCGCGCAAGCCAACUCCGAGGCUAGAAUUCACCAGACAGAUGGUCCAGAAACUGGAACGAACAGCUGGUACAGAGGACUAUGCGCGACAAGUGUCAGCCUUAUUGGAGGAGACGGUCGAACCGGCGCAUUUCAAGCUGCAUUCAAUGCCGACCGAGAAUUCGAUUCCGGAUGGUAGAUACAAUCCCACGGGAUUCCCGCUCUGGUACAAGGAGCCUUAUAAAAUGCCCUUCGCCUCGGACGAGAUUUACAAACUUUUGAAAGAGAAGUUCGAUAAGACGGAGGGAAGGGCGAGGGACGUUUUCAAGGAGGAUUCCUCCUCGGAAGCAAGUUCUUUGGAGGAAUGGAGCGACAACGAGGAACGCGGGGACGGUGAAAAUUAUCGAGACGAUUGGGCCAAGAGUUUCCUAGCGAGACAAAAAUCCUCCGCGAACUUGCUCUCGAGCGGAUCGUUCUCUGUUACCGAAGCGAAAGACACGGAUUCCACUGAAAGCAUCGAGAUUCCUUUUAAUAGGAAACAUGCUAAAUUAGCCUUGUUGCAACAGCGCUGA